UUUACUGCUGUGGCCAUCAUGAAUGUGGGUUCUUAUUCAGUCAAUAAAUGUCAAAUUGUCUUUUGAAGUAUGUCAGGAUUUAUGGUGAUUUUUGUUUCAUUAUAUCUGUAUUUAGGAGGCUUUUGGGGGAUGGUUGGAGGUUGUGGGGAUAAGCGUAAAAUAAAGUACAGGUCAUCAUCGAUUUACGACCACGAUCAGUGUGGUUGUAAGUUGAUUUGGUCGUAAGUCAGCUCUUUAUUUUAUAUACAAAAACAUGAAUAGUAUACUGUACAAUGAAAUUAUAUCAUCUUUAAGUCAUAGAGUUCGGUGUUUUCUAACCUUUUUAUCAGUUUUCUCGCGGGGGUGCUAGCGCUGCGAGCAGUUGUGGUGGAAACUCACACACUCACACUGGGCAGCUCUCACUCUGCCACAUUUGGCCCAGUUAUGGCCACAUAUUUGCAGUCUUGGAAUGGCGGUAAAGACCGAUCAGUCAUAAGUUUCAUAGGUUGUAAGUCGACGACGACCUGUAUAAAAAUGCUAUGACUUCAACUUAGUCCAUUACUGUAGGGAUUUUAGACCCCCAAAUAAAAAGAUGCAACUGCAAGAUGCAAUUCAUUCCCCUGUUACUUUUCAGUGGUUAAAUAAACCAGUAGCUGUUUUGGGGCUGUCGCGCUGUGGCUCAGUAGCUAAUGCAGUUACUGACAUUGACUGACAUUACUGACAUAAUGCACACUGACAUUGGGGUUCCCAUGCAGUCUCCCAUCUGUGCACGUUCAUCCGCUGUCACGUCUGUUUAAUCUGAUUCCUCUAGCUUCCUCUUGCAGUCUAAAUCGAUGCAGUUAUAUAGGUUAAUUGGUGUCUCUAAAUACAGCUUUGGAAAAACCUAUUUUUUUGUUUUGCUCAUUCCUCUAUUUAUGGCUGGCGUCUAUGUGUCACGAUCAGUCGUGGGGAGAAUGGAGAUCGUGCGGGCAGGCGUGCAAAAGACUAGGCAGGCAGGCAGAACACGGGGCAAACUGGGGGUUUAUUGAGGGGCAGGGCAGGACACUGACGCACAGCAACAUCAAUGACAGACAAGGGAAACAGGUAAGACCAGGACUUAAAUACAACAGGACUAAGCAACGUAAUCAGACAGGGCUGGAGACAAUCAGGGAAGCACACGUGGGUAAUCAGGGGGCGUGGCACACAUGAGGAGCCGACGAGCAGGUCGUGACAGCUUCUCCGGGCGCGCCAGGGAGGAGGCAACAGACGGGACAUGGGAACCGGGACCUUGAACAAAAGAACAGAAUAAUUAACGAAGUACUGGCAACAAAACAGAGAUGCAGAACAUGGCUAGGGACAAGAUGUAAGACAGGACAUGACAAAGGGCAGGGAAUGCAGAGAGACAGACCAGAAAGGGUGGAACAGAGGUAACAGGCGGAACAAAAGGAGCGGGAGUGACGGGAGGGAACGUCGGGAAACCAGGAGCGGAGCAGAACAAAGGGACCAGGAACAGAGGACAUCGGGACAUAGGCGGGAGGAGGAACAAACACUGGAGGGACCGGGGUAGGAAAGAAGGGAGAGAAGGAGGGGGAACUAAGGGGAGCCCGAGGGAGCCCCAGCGGGCGACGGGAGGCAGCCGGAGGGGCUGCAGGCAGCCGGGAGGCCGGAGCCGGAGGGCCCGAGGAGGCAGGGCGAGGGACCGACGGAGGGGCCGAGGAGGGAGCACCAGGGAUGGGGACGAGGGAGCUGGAGGGGACCCUGGCGAGGGCAAGGAGAGGGGGGGAGCCGCAGCAGGCGGCGACGUCCUCCGACGCGCAGGAGCGGGCGGACCCGCAGGCGACAGAGAAGCCGCCGUCAGGGAGCCCGCAGGCGACCGACCAGGCACCGGAGGGGGGAGCGAGACAGGGAGACGAGGCCGCGGAGGGGGACCCGCAGGCGACAGCCGACCCGGAGGGCCAGGACCCGCAGGCGCUCUCCGAGCCCCAGCGCAGGCGAGUUAGGGGGCAGGGCGGGAGGGACCCCAGCCCUGCGUCUGUGCCCUCUCCCCUUACGGGACACAGACAUAAGGACCCGCGGCCGGGGUCGGGCUCGCCGGGGCGAGGGCAGAGGAGUCACAAGCAGGGUCCCCGAGGGGUCCCACUCCAGCUCCUCCACCUCCAAGGAGGGGGGAGCGGCGGCUGGACUGUCCGGGACCCUCUUGGGGACUGGGGCAGAUGGGACUGGAGAGGGGUCAGGAACAAGAGUCUCAUUGGCCACAGUCACAGGGGACACAGGGGGCGCGGGAGCUGCAGGCAGGAGGAGCGCCUCGGGCGCGGGAGCUGCAGGCAGGAGGAGCGCCUCGGGCGCGGGAGCUGCAGGCAGGAGGAGCGCCUCGGGCGCGGGAGCUGCAGGCAGGAGGAGCGCCUCGGGCGCGGGAGCUGCAGGCAGGAGGAGCGCCUCGGGCGCGGGAGCUGCAGGCAGAGGCGGCUGUGCAGGUGGCUGCUCGGGCUCUGGGGCCGCAGGGGGCAGCGGAGGCGGCUGCACAUGCUGCUCCGAGGGCCGGUGUGUGCUCUGGACUGGAGAUGCUGCCCAGGGUGGCAGCUUAGCAGAGCUGGGGGCUUUCGGGGUGAUCGGGAAACCCUCCCGAUCCUCUUCCGGGAGAGAUGCCGGGACGAGGGUGCACGCCCCCAGGGCGCUCGUCGGAGCGAUCGCCGGCCCUCUCUUUUUCCUCUUCCGGUGUUUGGUGGUGCCGGGAGGCGGCACUACGUCCGCAAAGACGGACGGCGGAAGAAUGGGCCCUGGCUCGCUGGGAGCGACAUAGCACUCGGUCCGGAGCUGUGCUACCCGACGGAGGUUUUCGCGCAUCUCCUCAGACAGGUGCGCGUCCUCGUCGAGGGAGAGCUCCUGAAGGAUAUCCCUGCACUGGCAGACCAGGCUCCACACGGGGAGGUCCUCCCAAAUGCCGGGUUGGGAAAUCCAAAAUAGCACCUGUUCACCGUAACAGAUGUAGUCCUCCUCCGUUACGGGUGGUGCUUUGCUUCGGGGGUCUGUCAUUCUGUCACGAUCAGUCGCGGGGAGAGCGGCGAUCGUGCGGGCAGGCGUGCAAAAGACUAGGCAGGCAGGCAGAACACGGGGCAAACUGGGGGUUUAUUGAGGAGCUAGGGCAGGACACUGACGCACAGCAACAUCAAUGACAGACAAGGGAAACAGGUAAGACCAGGACUUAAAUACAACAGGACUAAGCAACGUAAUCAGACAGGGCUGGAGACAAUCAGGGAAGCGCACGGGAGUAAUCAGGGGGCGUGGCACACAUGAGGAGCCGACGAGCCGGUCAUGACACUAUGAAUCAUACUGUUUUUUUUGCAAACUGUAGCCUGGUUCUUCCCUGUUUCUCGUUAAUGAAGAGCUUUUUCCCUGUUUUAUGGGACUUCAGUCCUGCUUCUAGGAGCCUCAUACAAAGAGCUCAGGCUUGUGCUGCUACCUCAUAGCUCCUGGGGACCCUGAAUUGAUUAUGUUGUAUUUAAAAUGUAUCUUGUAUAUAUACAUACACAGCUUUUGCACACCACAUGUUUUUGCCACUUUUCCAUUUAUUUGUGUAUUUUUAGUAAAUGUUAAGUGAGUAACGUGUAACACAUAGGUCUCAUUAUCGUGCAUAUUAAUAGUUAUGUUUUAAUAAAGUUAGGGGAGCCGUGUACUUCUGUAGCUGACAAGGACCAGCUGUUCUGAUAUGAGCUUAACAGUUUUUUUUAAUGGGUUGAU